AUGGAAUUUCUCAAAAUAGCAAGGCUUGACAGCUGGACCUUUGAAGGAAGUAACCUUUGGUCUCCUUUGCCGGGAUACCCUGCAUUCGGAGGACAGUUGGCAGCACAAUCCCUUGCGUCUGCAUUUUCAACCGUCAGCUCGGAUUCAGUCCCGGUUACAAUGAACAUUCUGUUUAUUAAUCGAUGUAAAUCUGACAAAAAGGUUAGGUAUUCGGUUAAAAAUCUAAGAAAUGGUAGUAUCAUGGACAUGAGGCAGGUAGAUUGCUAUCAGGACGAUGUUUUGAUAUCUAGUUCUCAUAUCAGCUUUAGCAGGCCGGAUAACAAUUCCCAUGACUACGAAAGUCCCCCGUAUACAGCUUAUGAUGAUGAAUUUAUCCCGUUUUCGGAAUAUAUAUCAAGGUCCCUUGCCAACACCUCGACAAACCAGGCAGAGAUAGCCGUCAAGUUCCAGGUUCUAUAUGAAAACAUGUUGAUGCUGUUCAAGGUGUUGGAUGUGGAUGUAGGGAAAGAGAAUAAGGACAUGAGACAAAUCCGUAUUAGAAUAAAAGAAAAACCUGAGAGUAUGGUCGAGAAGGCUUCCCUUAUCACCUUAAUUACCGAUAUACUACUAAUGGAAACUGCUCUCAUAACGUCGAAUCUGUCUCUAUUCUCCAAGGAUCUAUCUCUAUUGACUUCUUUGAACCAUGUAGUGAACUUUGUGAAUCUUGAAAAAAAUAUUGAUGAUUGCUAUUUGUAUUAUAUUGUAAAGUGUAAAGGAAUAAGGAAUUCAAAAGCUAUUUGCGAAGGACAGCUUAUACACCAAGAUGGAACCCUGAUAUGUUUGACAGGGCAACAGGGUGUGUUCAGAGUUAAGUCCUCUUACUCAAGGCAAUGA